GCUCUGGAGUGGGCGCCCGGGAGGCGACUGGAGACGCACGAACCCCUAGAGGCCGGCUCAUUCCCGGGCACGCUGGGUGGCCCGCCCCCGCCUGGGCGCCGGGCAAUGGCCGCAGGCCCGGGCCUCUGGAACAGCACCAUCAAUGACACGUGGGAUGGGGACGAGCUGGGCUACAAGUGCCGCUUCAACGAGGACUUCAAGUACGUGCUGCUGCCCGUGUCCUACGGCGUGGUGUGCGUGCUCGGGCUGUGCCUGAACGUGGCCGUGCUCUACAUCUUCCUCUGCCGCCUCAAGACCUGGAACGCCUCCACCACCUACAUGUUCCACCUGGCGGUGUCGGACGCGCUGUACGCGGCCUCCCUGCCGCUGCUGGUCUAUUACUACGCCCGCGGCGACCACUGGCCCUUCAGCACGGUGCUCUGCAAGCUGGUGCGGUUCCUCUUCUACACCAACCUCUACUGCAGCAUCCUCUUCCUCACGUGCAUCAGCGUGCACCGCUGCCUGGGGGUCUUGCGCCCGCUGCGCUCGCUGCGCUGGGGCCGGGCCCGCUACGCCCGGCGGGUGGCAGCCGCCGUGUGGGCGCUGGUGCUGGCCUGCCAGGCGCCCGUGCUCUACUUCGUCACCACCAGCACGCGCGGCAGCCGCAUCACCUGCCACGACACCUCGGCCCCUAGCCUCUUCAGCCACUUCCUGGUCUACAUCUCCGUCAUGCUGGGCCUGCUCUUCGCCGCGCCCUUCGCCACCAUCCUGGUCUGCUACGUGCUCACGGCGCGGCGGCUGCUCAAGCCCGCCUACGGGACCGCGGGCGGCCUGCCGCGCGCCAAGCGCAAGUCCGUGCGCACCAUCGCCGUGGUCCUGGCGGUGUUCGCCCUCUGCUUCCUGCCUUUCCACGUCACCCGAACCCUCUACUACUCCUUCCGCUCGCUGGACCUCAGCUGCCACACCCUCAACGCCAUCAACAUGGCCUACAAGAUCACCCGGCCGCUGGCCAGUGCCAACAGUUGCCUUGACCCCGUGCUCUACUUCCUGGCCGGGCAGAGGCUUGUGCGCUUUGCCCGGGACUCCAAGCCACCCACAAAUCCCACUCCCCCUGCCCAGGCGACCCGCCGGCUGGACCUGCGCAAGUUUCAUAGAACGGACACCAGGGCAGAAGCCGGGUCGGCCAGCAGUGAGAACUCGAGCAGGGAGGCCCCGUUGGCUGGUGGUGGGAACACUAAGGACAUCAGGCUGUAAGGCCUCAACCCCUGCGGCCUGUGCAAGCUUGUACGGGGGAAUCUGUAGGGGCUAUGACUUGUUCAAACGAGGGGAUCUCCCCAGAUACGGAUCAUCAUGACUCAUGCUGGAUGGUCCAGCGAGCCAUGACCCCAACACUCUGUCACUUGGCAGGGGCUCGGGACACUUGGUGGUCCAGCGAGCUCAACAGUGCCCCACACCCCCGUCACCAUUUGUAUGUGUCAACUGGGGAAUGAGGUUUCAAGAAGGCAAGGGUUCAGGGCCUGACUCACCCACAAAAAAUAGCUGGCCGUGCCUGCCAAGGGACCUAGGCUAGAGCCCUGCUGACCCAAGUCAAACAGAGAAACAGGCCAACAGAGGAAAGUGACUUACCAACGUCACACAGAGGAUCGGGGCCUGAGCGACCUGGGAGGGGUGGGGUCCCAGGCUGACUAGAAGACCCUGGGGAACUGGGGCAGGUCUGGGUGCCACAGUGGACUAAGCAAUGAGAAGUACCCCCAGCCCCAGAGAUGAACAUCUGGAAACUGAUUCAUAAAACCAUCUGGAGGCUCCCAUGGGCUGGGAGCCAGUUUGAGGCUGUAACUCAUACUAAAAGUGUUGUUGUCUGCUG